UUCUUCUCUCUACGCAAACCAACACAUCUCCAUUUCUAUAGAGAGGAGAAACUAAAUACAAAACCUAAUUAUAUAACUUCAUAGCUUUUAUCGUUCUUAAUUAUAUAUUUACACUAAUAACAAAAGCUUUAAAAAAUUACUUAGUAUAUCUCCUAAUAAUACCAUGAAGCCUUCUUCAUUAUUGGUCUCUCUUCUUGUCUUGCAUCUUCUACUAUGUGGAACAAAUGGUUCUCGUCUUGGUAAUUUUUAUAGGAAAUCUAUUACUUCUGUUCAAUCUCAACUCGUCGACUUGACGAAUAAAAUUGCUAUGGAAAAAGAUGAUCAAAUCAAAUCAAAAAAUAAUUUUAAUGAAAAGAAUUUGAAGAUCCAAGAUGUAUGUAAAGACGAUGAAGAAGAUUGUUCAUCAAAAGGAAAAACUAGAAAAUUAAUUACCUCAACCACCAUGCCAACUUCCAUUGCUAAACCCAUCCAAGAGAAAUUGGGCAAUGGAGGGAAAAAGAUGGACAUGAAAAGGGAAGACAAAACUAAAAACUUAUCAAGUACUUCAACAAUUGAAUCAUCAUCAAUUAAUCAAAAUCCAUCAAUGAUUUUGGAUGUUGAUUAUAACGAGAAGGAGAUAUCCCCUCCAGAAUAUGAGAAGGCAAUGGACAUGACUGUAAUGGAUUACUCCCCAGCAAAGAGAAAACCUCCCAUUCAUAAUUAACUAAUAUUUAAAUCCAUGUAUAUAUUUUUAAAGAUUUUUGAAAAAUAUUGAAGAGAGCUAGCUAGCUACCAAUAACAUAGUAAAAAAAUUAGAUAUUAACAGCGUAAAUUUAAGAGAGGAGAUAAAUUAAAUGGCUGAGAGAGAAGACCAGCAUUACAGAAAUGCGGCUCCUUUUUAAGGAAUUUAGUUUAGGAAUGAUAUAAUAUAUUGUAUAUAAUUAGCUUUGGAAAUUAAUUAGUAUAUUGCUUCAUACUGAUCAUCAAGUCGAAUUGACAUCAGGUGUUUUGGAGAACGAAACCAAAACCGUAAAGGACGGGAGGAAAUUCGGGUGUUAUAUAAAAGAAAGGGAAAAGAAUUUGGAUAAAUGUUAAAUAUUAACUUUAAAAAGGUGAGUGGAAAUUUCGGCAGUAUCUCUUCUAAAAAUCGAACAUGUGGGUAGAGCAAUUAGCACAAUAAAAACAUUAAACAUAAUCUAAGGCAUCAUUGCCUUUAAAAUCUCACACCACGGCGGAAUGAUUCGUUGCCGGCUUCUCAAAUCAACAUGCCAAGCAUGGAUCGUGUUUCCAGUGUCGACGCUUGCGUUUUAAAAUGACUUAACUCCUUAAAACCAUACAGAGUUCAAAACUACGCAGCGGAAAUACAAAUAUACAAGGGAGGACACAAGGCCUCAUAACGAAACAUAUACAACCAAAGUUUACAAAACAUAACAAGAGCUACAAAAUCGAAAGAUAACGUAUGACAUAGGUUAUGCUUCGCCCUCAUUACUCUCCCCCAGUGCAAUGCAAUGCAAAAGAAGCUACAAUACCUGCUACGCCUGUCUAUGAUCCUCCUGUUGCUCGACAUUAGACCUAAGACCAAUGUGUCAUAGCAGGACAAUCAUAGAAGCUCAUCAACAAUCAAACAUAAACACAAACACGUACACGUCAGUAACUAGCAUCAAAUAUAAUAAGGCCUACUACUAAAUAACAUUAUGUUAUACAACAACAUAAGAUGAUUUCAUAAGACACAAGCACAGAUAGUAACCGUUUAUCGUCCACUUAUACUUCUUGAUCACAAUACGUCCUUUCCAACCCGAACUAUGUGUUCUUGGGUAGAAUGCAGGUCUUUACGCUCCUCUUUUCAAAAUAUACACUCUUGCAAAACACGUAUAGUAUCAACUCAACCAAGGCAUUAACAGAAUACCUAACAUGUGAUCUUAUAGAGCUUGUCUAUGUUAAGGUAAAUGUGAUCAUCGUCUAUAAUAACCUUGAAGUAACUUAAUUUAGGCACACUUCUCACUAGCAUAAACUAUUCUAUUAAUGAGUAGAUAUUCUAUCAAUCAGUAAACGUUCUUUCAGUGUGUAAGCUUUCUAUCAAAGAAUGAACCUUCUAUCAUUAAAUAAACUUCGAUCAAUGAAUAAACUUUCUAUCACUGAAUAACUUUCUAUGAGAGGAUCUUUUCUCUACUUCUAGGAAUAAGGACACGGCCAAGGGCGUUAUCGGCCAUCCAGUGGCCAUGGCAAAGUAUGAGCUCAUGCCCCCUCCAGCUGAUCCUCUCGGGUCCUACCUUAUUGGGAUACUAAACCAGUGAAGAGGUCACCAUAUUGGGGUUUACAAUGCCCGCAUGGUAACACCUCGAUCAAGGGGCAAGGAUUUCAUAAUAGAUAGCUUUUCGUAUAAAGUGUAUUCACUAGUACCUCAUAGAUUACAAUGUAUAUUAUCAUAAUAAAAAUAAAUAAUGAUCUCUUGAAGGAAAAUUGUAUAUAAGGGUUAAUUACUGCGUGUACAUACCUGUAAACGUCACUGCACGACCAGAAGUUACAAAAAUAACCCAACUAAGGUCCUACUUUCCUCUUAUAAACUGUGGAAAGUUGAUAAGAAGUCGAAUACUCUAUAGAGGAGGGAGGUGAAUAGAGAGUAUGGGUGUUUAAAAUUUUUGUCUAGAAGAAUAUCUCAAGAGAUUGAGGGACCUCUCAAAAACUAUUUUCUGGGAUAGUUUUUAGGUCGAGUAAUAAAACAAUAACGUAUGUGUUGAAAAUAAACUUAAAGAAUAACACACGAUAUGUUAACGAGGUUCUGUUCUAAACAACCUAGUCCCCGCCUAUGGGUUCUCUUUCAACCCGUAGGAUUUCAACACCAUUUAUUAAUAGACUUUAAGAUAAGCUAGAAGAUCUCACUAUCUUCUCUCACCACGUUCAUCCCCUUGAAGAAACGUCUUACAAGUCGCUUUAAUACAAGCAAAUCCCAAUCUCUCAAUAGUGAUUACAAGUUGAACACUUUGAAAAGUACUCUAAGUUAGGCGUAUUAAACUAUGAAAUAAGCUAACUCUUUUUAACACUUAAGACAAUUACAAAUUGUAAGAGCUAGAUGAACUAAGAAUUAAAACUCUUUUGAAUACUUAAAGAAUACUAGAUCUUAAGUCAAAAGAGAAAAUUGUAAGAAGAGAUGCAUUCUUAAUUCUGAAAUUAUGAAGCCUUGUAUUUAUAGAUGUUACGCCUCAACAUAUCCUUGAAGAGCAAAAAAGCUUCAUCCGUUAAUUUUGUUGAUCUGGAUAUUCUGUGCCAAUAUUAAAGACCUUGAGCUUUAAAUGAAACUGACGUUGCACUGACAGCUCAUCUAAUUUCGUCAUUGUGUGCCAUAAUUUGUUUUUAACAACCAAUGUUAUGCUGCCACGUUAGAACUCAUACAACGUAUUGAAAA